GCCCGCAAUGUUUUCGUGCCAAUUUAACCUUUUCCCAGGAUCUCUCAUCCACGAUAUGCUACUCGUCUCAUUUGCCGGUCGUUCUCAUAGACUGCAACACAAGGUUACGGUAGGCGUGUUUGGCGAACUCAUCUUUGCCAAAGACCCUUAUUUAGGGAAGCUCGCAAACUUGGCACAAAAACGCAAGGAAUGAGGCCGUUUCAUUUCAAUGAACAGAUUAAAAUACAAUGCAGUCAUGUUAAGCGUAAACUGUAAUCGACCAUAGCAACUCACUGGAAGCUUGCACAGGUGUCACUGAUGAUUGCCUGAGAAGUUCGGCCGCAACAGGUGUCACUGAUCAUUGAUUGCCUGAGGAGUUACGGUUCAUGGUAAACACCGAAGGGUGAUGUCUUCCUAACUAAAAUAUCUUUGUCUUCUCAUCUAAACGAGAGUCACCACACGAAGGCUCUUUAAAGCAAAGAUAUAGAUUUUUUUUACGGCAUUAUUCCUCCUGGAAGGCGAUCGCGUUUCAACAGCACGGCAUUAACGCGUGAGUAAGUUAACGUCAAAAGACCCGAACGCAACUGUCUUAAUUAUCUGUGCGUGUUUGUUGUAAACAAAUGGUGAAAAAUGCGUAAACGACAAAAUGGUGUAAAAUCAUAUGUGUCUGCCUAAGAAACAAGGUAAGGUCACUGCUUUUCAUAAUUUUCCUGAAUAUGUCUAUCCUAUAGAACCUUCCCGAUAUGUGCCUACCUGUUCCUACCAAUUUAAGGGACAUAUUAAAUGUUACCUACUGUAUUUGUCAGUUAUUGCAGUCUUUGACCAAAAUAUACGGGAUGUCUUAUUUUAGUUGUUAAUGUCAUUGUUAAUGUCACUGUUAACAUCACUAUGCAGCCUGCUCAAUACUGACGAUAGGCCACAUUGGCAUACUAACACAGGAAUAAGCACGCAGUCUUAACGCUCAACUUGCAUUUCUUGCGCAAAUUGCGAGUGAUUGUCUGGUUAUGUCGGUCAAAUGUACAAUUAUCAAUGUUUCGUCCGACGACCGUCGGAAACGCUGUCACACAGUUGAAAUCAAUUGAUUGCAUUUCAUAAGAAUUAUGGCAUUAAAUUUACUGUCAUUUUAAUUUGGUGUGAGGUAAGUUACAUCAUUAAUUAUUAUUUUUUUAUCAUUAUAUCGCAGCCCGUGAGAUUGCCGACACGAUAGUACUGGGAAUGUAACAAUUUAUUUCUUCUAUUUAAUAUAGCAAUGCUGACAUAGCGGGUACGCGCAUCGAAUAAAAUCUGCUUCCGCCCGCGCGGUAUUUUUACAAUGCGUCUCAUGCAAUAUUCAGUCAUCGUCGCAAGGUUGUAGUAUGUUUUCACUAAAUACGACAAUAAAUACGUCAAGUCCGAACACCGGAAGCGUUUGAUAUUUUGAGUGUUCAAUUCGGAGGUGUUUUUAGUUCACAGCAACGGUUUAAAACUGAGUGUCACUUUCAACCGGUCGAUGUGCUUCCACUAAACUCUGGACAAUAAUGAAACGUUAAUGGACCACAAUAUAUAUCUUUUAUCUUGGUGCUGAAACAUGGUAAUGGUAUGGAGGAGAUUGUAUUUAAAUAAAUCGCGAAUAUUUGCAUAUUACGUUUCUUGUUUUAGACUACAGUGAACGUCAUGUCAGUCAGAACGUCCACCGCAGGCAUCAUUCUAAAAAUAAUGGUUAACAUGGGUCCGAUGCCCAUUCUGACUAAAACAGCAAAUGUUUAUAAUUUAAUUUGAAAGUACUAACAAGUUCUACCUUCUGUUAAAAUUUCAUGAACAUAUCUGAUAAAAUGAGAAGUUAUAAGCAAAAACAUGUAAACAAGCAGCAUUUCGGUCACACACAUUCCAUAGACAUCCAUAUAACUUUCCUCUGAUUUCUAAUAAAAAUAUCAUAACUUUCUGAAUCUUCAACAGAUUUUUCGUCUGCAAACCUCUUAAAACUUUGUUGCACAUCUCUGAUACCUUAGCGGUCUGAAAAUUACCUUGUAACAGGGAAUGGAACUCUCUCUCAUUGAUUUUAAACCUAGCGUGCAUUUUAACCACCCUAGUGCGAAGUCCACGCUACAUGCAUUACAAGUUCAGGUGCAACGAAGUCAAAGCAUUACUCGUUUAUUGAAAAGUUCUUAUGAGGCAAAUCAUGCUAUGCAUAUUGGUGUUGCAACUGCAGGUUAUGUAAGAAUGGUAUGUGACAACAUGCGAUUGACUUGUUUAUCCAUUAAAGUUUAACUUAAUUAUGCUGAACAUUUUCAAAGACUUUAGGUGAAGUCUGACUCGCAGUAUGGUCUAAAAUAUGUUCUCUAAAAUUGUUUGAGGCUACCGUGUCAACACAAUCACAUCCCGUAAAUGUUCUGGGAUCGCUCCCGUAAAGAGAACCUAGUAAAAUUGCCGUAAGAUGCACGUUUAAAGUUCUCUGUGUGAAACGAUGCGUGCUCACUAUACGUGCUGCUAAAGCUGAGAUCAUUCACCUGCAUGACAGAGCAGCGCAUCACGCGCUCCUCAUGAUCUCAUUUAAAAUACGAGUUACAAAUAACUGGCGAACUUCAGAAGCGCUUAAGUCAAGCAUGUGCAGGACUUUACAUGUAUCACAUGUCUUUACGGGUUUUCGCAGUAAGCAUGACUCCAAAAAAUAAUCGGCAGAAUAAAUGACCCAAAAGUCUAAUGAUUCCGGACAAAUCCUGGAAGCAUUUUCUGUGUAGUAUUCAUAAUCUCUGCGUGAGAAGGGCAAUUGAUGGUGUCGGCUAUCAUUGAUCGUGGUCUAUUGACAUAACCUGAUCCCGCACCUUCUAGUAGUUUCAGGAUUUUAAUAACACUCCAGUCAAGACACUAAGCAUUCAAUUGCGUAUUGUUCGUUCACAUUUAGUUCAUACAGUUUAGAUUAAUUUACUUCCAUAUUUUCUAAUCUUUAUAGUCUAUAAUUAUUAAUCUUAAAAUUCAAUAACCUUUAUUUCUUUGUUUUAUCAAUUUCAUGUUAAUGUUAUGAUUCUGUUUUCCUAGGUAAUUUUUUUUUUCUGCCAUCAAUACACUUGAAAUUUAAAGCCAUAGCCAAAAUCCCAUCUUUUACUACAUAAAUACUUUGAAAAGUGUAUACACUUGAAAUGCAACGUUUCAUCAGUUUCUAUAGCUUUAAGCUGCAUAAUGAUCAAAGUACGAUCCAGCAGAUACUGGUGGUGGUGUAGGUUACUCAACCAUGUCUCAUUUCUCGCUAGACUUAUCUGUGGCAUAGCGCGCUUUAUAGGAAUAUUGUCGCUUUCCAUCACAGCCUCCGACAUAGCAUACGCAGCCUUUUUCACUAUAGGGUAUAUUGUUGCCCCAUUGCAUGGCUCUCGUGACCUCCUUGCUGCGUGGCAUAUCAUUGCCUGUAUCCAGCAUUCGCAGUCAUACUGCUAUACUGCAAAUUGUUGAUGUGUAUCAUGGCCUUCUCGCUAAUCAGCAUAUGGUUACAUUGUGUCAUGGAUACCACAACCGACUUAUUACAUUGCAUAUGGUGCCCCGCAUCUAUCCUCCGCAGCCUUUAUUAUGAUUCAGCAUAUCGUUGCCCCGCAUCAUUGCCUUCGCGGUCUUCACGCUACAGGGGAAGUCGUUGCCCCGUAACCGUCUUUGUUGCAUACAGCAUAUCAUUGCCCCGUAUCUUGCCCUUUGCGGUCUUCGCACUAAAUUGCAUAACGUUGCCCUGUAAGUGUUCUCCACGGCCUUCUCGCCUAUCGGGGCUAUCGAUCGAUGUGGCUUUACACAUCGCCUAUCGGGGCUAUCGAUCGACGUAGCUUUACAUAUCGCUUAUCGUGGUUUUACACAUCGCCUAUCGGGGCUAUCAAUCGACGUGGCCUAUCAUGGCUUUACAUAUUGCCUAUCGAGGCUGUCGAUCAAGUGGCCUAUCGUGGCUUUACGUAUCACCUAUCGGGGCUAUCGAUCGACGUGGCUUUACAUAUCGCUUAUCGUGGUUUUACACAUCACCUAUCGGGGCUAUCGAUCGACGUGGCUUUACACAUCGCCUAUCGGGGCUAUCAAUCGACGUGGCCUAUCGUGGCUUUACGUAUCGCCUAUCGGGGCUAUCGAUCGACGUGGCUUUACAUAUCGCUUAUAGUGGUUUUACACAUCACCUAUCGGGGCUAUCGAUCGACGUGGCUUUACACAUCGCCUAUCGGGGCUAUCAAUCGACGUGGCUUUACUUAUCGCCUAUCGGGGCUAUCGAUCGACGUGGCUUUACAUAUUGCCUAUCGUGGUUUUACACAUCACCUAACGGGGCUAUCGAUCGACGUUGCUUUACACAUCGCCUAUCGGGGCUAUCAAUCGACGUGGCCUAUCGUGGCUUUACACAUUGCCUAUCGAGGCUGUCGAUCAAGUGGCCUAUCGUGGCUUUACGUAUCGCCUAUCGGGGCUAUCGAUCGACGUGGCUUUACAUAUCGCCUAUUGGGGCUAUCGAUCGACGUGGCUUUACAUAUCGCCUAUCGUGGUUUUACACAUCGCCUAUCGGGGCUAUCAAUCAACGUGGCCUAUCGUGGCUUUACACAUUUCCUAUCGAGGCUGUCGAUCAAGUGGCCUAUCGUGGCUUUACACAUCGCCUAUCGGGGCUAUCAAUCAACGUGGCCUAUCGUGGCUUUACACAUUGCCUAUCGAGGCUGUCGAUCAAGUGGCCUAUCGUGGCCAAUCGUGGCUUUACAUAUCGGCUAUCGGGGCUAUUGAUCGAUGUGGCCUACCGUGGCGUUACACAUCGCCCAUCGGGGCUAUUGAUCGACGUGGCUUUACACAUCGCCUAUCAGGGCUAUCGAUUGCUGUGGCCUAUUGUGGCUUUACAUAUCGGCUUUUGGGGCUAUCAAUCCACGUGGCUUCACACAUCGCAUAUCAGGGCUAUCGAUUGCUGUGGCUUUACAUAUAGCCUAUCGGGGCUAUCAAUCCACGUGGCUUUACACAUCGCCUAUCUGGGCUAUCGAUCGAUUUGGCCUAUCGUGGCUUUACACAUUGCCUAUCGGGGCUAUCGAUCGUUGUGGCCUAUCGUGGCUUUACAUAUCACCUAUCGGGGCUACCUAUCCAUGUAAAGCCUACCGUGGCACUUUACGACGAAGCAUAUUGUAAUUCUUAUCCUAUUCCUUUUGUGUGAAUCAGACAUUAAAGUGAAUGCCUAUGCCUAUCGUGGCUUUAUUUUUGGGGGGGUUCCAAUAAAUAGCUGUUGUAGCUUAAGAAGUCUGAUUCCUUCUUAACAUUUUCUUUUGUUUCAGGAUUGACAUCUCUUCGAUAUCCUAGCAAUCAAGCCAGUUGAUCUAUUUCACUUUUGGGGGUAGGCUCCGCCCCUGCCUUCAACAUCAGGCAGGAUCUGCCGGACUACAGCUAGACCCGGACGAAAGGCGGGGCAUAUGCCAAAAUCUUAUGAGACUCAAGCAUCUCUGUUAUUUUGAGACUGAUUCGAAUUUCUGUCUUUUAAUUUAACAUGGAAUAAAUGUCAUUCAAACGUUCACUUGCCUUCUGAGUCUUUAUGGUAGAAAUGAAAGCGUCAGCGUGUCGUAGCUGAAGUUCACCUCCAUCCUCCCCACCACCACCAGGUUGUUCCCUGUUCUUUUGUCCGGGGGUAGGCUCCGCCCCUGCCUUCAACAUCAGGCAGGAUCUGCCGGACUACAGCUAGACCCGGACGAAAGGCGGGGCAUAUGCCAAAAUCUUAUGAGACUCAAGCAUCUCUUUUAUUUUGAGACUGAUUCGAAUUUCUGUCUUUUAAUUUAACAUGGAAUAAAUGUCAUUCAAACGUU